AUGAGAAUUUCCAGCGAGAUAGCACGUGUUGCCAAGAGGCUAGCCACUACUUUGAAGAAAGCGAAGGACACUCUUAGCAGUGUCACAAAGAGUGAAACUGGUAUCGAUGCUGAAGAGUACGAGGACUGCGUCUACAAGCUUUAUCAGAGGAUAGCUUGGGCUCUACGUGACAUUGGAUACGGAGAGGAAGGCCAAUCCCGUUAUGUGCUGGCCCUAGCUGUAUCCUUGAAGACCGUCCAGAGCUACAACGAAUUGAGUAUCAGCCCCCUUAUCGAUGGAUCUACAGAAUAUGAUGCUUUAUUGAGCUCGAUAGUAACUUCCCUGAAGCACUGGGAACACAAAUCCGGCGACCAAAGUUCGAGCGGAAAGGCGAGCGCCAACAUCCCCGUCUAUCGACUCCAGCUUCCACAAGGUUGUCCAUGGUCAGUAGCGAAGUCUGAGAAGCUUCAGCAGACCUUCGAAGAGUGGUCAAGCCGUGCGAGAACUGCUGCGGUCUCCUACCGCCUUACUGGACUGAAUGCCUGCCUGUUUAUCAUGCGUUGUCUAGAGGGAGUGGAGCUCCUUUAUGCUCAGCAAUGCAUGAGAAAUAUCAACGAGGAAGCUGAGGAUGCUGCUGAGGAACUUCUCCGGCUUCUCAGUGCUCGAUAUUCUCGGUGUUGGUCUCAGGGAAGGACGAUCCACAGAUUCGAGAAUCUGGUCCUCAGACACGAGGAGACAGUCACGGCCUUUCUCUCAAGAGUGAGAGAAUGUGGCCAGGCUAUCUCGGAUGGCAGAGAUCUAUCUGACAAGGAAUAUCGUCAACGCAUUCUGAGCGGUAUACCAACUUGGCUCAAGGGAAGACUCGACCAGUUUUACGGGCCCGACAUCUACUCUACUCCAGUUGAUAUCCUCGCCGAUACUGCCGAGUUCUUCCGUUUAUCUGAGCAAACGAGUUCUGGAACGAAGCGGGAGGUACAGAAGAACAUGAACGCUAACGGUGAGCGAGAUAACCGCAUAUCGUCCAGAAACUCCAAUGCAAAGUACUGUUACCGAUGCGGAAGCUAUCAGCAUAUCCGUGCUUCAUGUCCAGUUCCCCAAGGCAUCGAAUGCACAGCGUGCAAGCGAAGCGGGCACAUGAUGGCAGUAUGCCCUGAUAUCGACUGUCGAGUAUGUAAGCGCAAAGGCCAUAUUGCUCGAUUAUGCCCUGAAAAGAAAACACCCUCGAACCGCGAUCACGGACGGCGACAGCAGAAGGACCCCUCAGAGAGCAAGAGACCAGCGACGGAAUGA